GGGCAUCUGGCCAGCAUGCCUGGAGGAGGAGUACAACUGGUGCUGCAGCUCGAGCAGGAGCAAAAGGCACAACGACUCUCGCAGCAGCACUAUCUGUACCCCCGGCCUGAACCAUCCCAACAACAACAACAGCAGCAGCAUCAUUACCAAGGCCAGCAGUUCCUCAGCCCGCAGGCGCAUCCGCCGCCAUCGAUUCCGCUGCCGCCGUUGCCCGCUAUGACGAGGACACGAGGGGCCGACCCGACUGAGGACGCGCCGUCGGACAAGGAGCGGGAGGGUGCAGAUGGUGUUUCAGCAGACCUACGGCCGCGCGCAGCCACGGGAAUCCCUCGAUCCAUCACGUCGUCGCCAUCAAUUCCUACCCUACGCACCCAAGCAUCCUCGCCGUCUCCGUCGCCGUCGCGAGUGCCGACCCCCAACUUGCGCAAGGCCGUCAGCAUCGAAGCCUUCCCACGGCCCCCUGGCAGCGGCAUUGCCAGCCCCCUUGCGCAUCUGGCCUCGUCGAGCCCUCGAACCUCGUCGCAAUCCUCUCUUUCUCUUGCGCCCACUUCCUAUUCUUCCUCGACACCGCGCCUACCCCUANNGCGCCCUUACAACCGCCGAGCGGACUGCGCAAGCCACAGUCCAAGCCGUCUCUGCGUAACCUGCGCUCAAAAACAUCCGUUGCCUCGCUCAGCACCACCGCCGUCAGCGCCCCGCUCGUCCUCGGCACCCGUGUCCCCGGCCACACCCCUGACGCCCAACACCCCUGUGGCCGACACGACCAUGCUCGAAGCAACGAACGGCGACAAGGACAAAGAAGCAAAGGGAAACAUCACAGUCAGUGUUCGCGUGCGGCCCGACGCAGCCGCAGACACACAGCCGGACGGAGAGUGGUUGGUCGACGGUCGACGCUCCCUCAUAAGCUACGAAAGCGGAGAAUAUCGCUAUGACAAUGUAUUCUCACCACACGACCAGAAUGCCCGCGUCUACGAAUCCGCUGCCAAACGCCUGGUGCGGCGUGUCAUGGAAGGCUAUCAUGGGACUGUUUUCGCCUACGGUAUGACGGGCACUGGAAAGACAUUCUCGAUGCAAGGUACCGCCAUGUCUCCUGGUGUCAUUCCUCUGGCCAUUACCGAUAUCUUCUCGUACAUCCGCCAGAACCCUGCCCGCGAGUUCCUGCUGCGUGUCAGUUACCUCGAAAUCUACAACGAGAAGAUCUACGAUCUGCUCAACCCAGACUCGAACGAGGAGAUAAAGCUGCGAGAAGACCCCCGCCGUGGUGUUUAUGCCACACCGCUGCGGGAAGAAAUCGUACAAAGCCCUAACCAGCUGCUCAGAGUCAUCGCUCGUGGUGACCAGCAGAGACGUGUUGCAGGCACGCAAUUCAAUGCCCGCUCUUCACGCUCGCAUGCUGUAGUCCAGAUUGUCGUCGAGUCGCGUGAACGCACCGCUGCUCCCGUUGGCGACCCGAGGCGCGACAAGCUGCUCCCUGGCAGUGUUCUGGUAUCGACUCUGUCCCUUAUCGAUCUUGCGGGUUCCGAAAAGGCAGCCGAGAGCAAGGAGCGACGUACCGAGGGAGGUCAUAUCAACAAGUCCCUGCUUACACUAGGCACGGUCAUCGCUCGUCUGUCUGGAGAUAAAGAGCUCGCCGAAAAAGAUCAGAAACAUCUCCCCUACAGAGACAGCAAGCUCACCCGUCUUCUACAACCCGCUCUUUCUGGAAACUCACUAGUGUCUAUCCUUUGUACUGUACAGCUCUCCUCAGCAUCCAGUAGUGCUUCUACGACUUCCUCACACACAACCGAGACGUUGAACACACUCAAGUUCGCAAGCAGAGCUAAAAACAACCUUGUCAGCCAUGCGAAACGGAACGAGUCUAACCCUGCUGAUGGCGCUGAUCCACGUAGCCGGGCUUUACUGGAUAGGUACAAGCUAGAAAUCAUUGAUCUAAGGGCUCAGCUGGACGAACAGAGCAGAAUAAAAAAUGAGGCCGAGAAGGCCGAAAAAGCGGAGGUCGAAGAAGAACGGUGGAGAGAAAGAGAACGCGAGAGUGCCGAACGCCACGAGGAGCAAAUGCUGGAAAUGCAGCUCGCUAGGACUGCUCUGAAGGAGCGCAUCGCCCAUCUCAACAGACUGAUCUUGAGUUCCAAGUCACUGGGAGUUAAUUCGGGACGCUUCUCGAAUGCGAGUUCGAGCAUGCCGAUCCUCCAACGAACGAGCACACACAGCACACUGGAACGACCGAAGAGCCGGAGACCCGGCAGUAGUGGGAGUCAGGCCACCUCGAGUCGUAUCCAAUCUGGCUCCACCAUAGCGGGCAUGCUUCCCAUAGCACGGACCUCGCAGAUCGAACUGGCCUCUGGAUCAGAAGAUGAAAACGAUGAUGAGGAUAUGGCAGCUGAUGAGGACGCCUUGGACCCCGGGAGUGCCACCUCGGCCCGUCGAAUCAGUGCUCUACAGGCUGAUCUCGUGGACAAAGAUCGAUACAUUGCAACCCUGGAGAAGCGGCUGUUGCAGACUCGUAACAACUCUUACAGCAAAGCGAGCAGUGCAAGGUCGCCUCUGCAGAGCCGUGUGCCUUCUCGAGACGGGCAGAACACCGAUGCCGUUGUCAAAGAAAAGGACCAAGAGAUUGAGCGACUUCGGCAAAAGCUUGAAGACCAGACUCGCAUGGUGUCUGCGCUGAGAAACGCAGCCAGGAAGCGUGACAUGCUCGACACAUCCGGAGCAUUGUCACAACACCCUGCCUUCAGACAAAGUCCCACGACCUCGCCGGAGAAAAGGGAGCCACGCACACCAUUCCGCAGUAUGAGUCGCCCAGAGCUCUUCCGAAGUGCCAGCGGGCCUGCCAGUGCUGUCAACCAAAUGUCACCACCGAGUUCGCCGCCUCCUGGGGUACAGAACUUCUCUCGAUUGUCAAAGCACCCGGCAUCCGUUGUCCCGAAUGACACGGAAGAGGGUGAUGCACAUGGAAGCAACGGAUCUCCCAAAGAGCCGAUCAACAACGUGGCAAGAGUCACGAGCGCUAGCAACGUGGCCGGCACUAGGAGAACCGUGGACGAGAUGACCAAGCUUCUGGAUGAGAUGAUCCAAGACAAGGUCAACACUGGCCAUGUGAUCCGCGGUGACAGAGGCAGCUUGCGGGUAAAGCGUGACACUGUCAUGAGCCGCGCCGGCAAUGAGGACAUGCCCCAUGACGCAGAAGCAGGCGCGGCAGCCCAUCACUACGAAAAAUCGCAAUUCAUCUGA